GCAAAUUCUUCUGAACAAGAAGAAGACGAUCUAAUCAGUUGGAGCUAUAUCUGUUCAAUUAGUUUCAUCACAAGAUCAUUGGGGGUUUGGAUUAAACUCUUUGCUACUGGUGAUUUUGGUAUCUGGUCAGAGAAAAAAUACCAAGUUGAUGCUAAGAAGGAAAUUGUGACCAAUAUUCAAAUGAUUGCAAUUUGUCUUUCUUUUCUUAAUCCGGAAUACAUAACACAGUCUAGCAAAAUAUUUGUACCAUGGGGUUCAUCAAGACCAGUGGUAAUUGGAAUAAGCAACCAUACGGAUACCCCAAGUGCUGAGAAAGACACUCCGGAGCCAAGUGUGACUCUGCCUGAAGGAAUAGAGCCUUUGGUGUUAUGGCAAUCUGAAGAAUCCGGAGAGGGUGUGUGACCGCACAGUCUAGACACUAACAAAUCGGGCAUUAGAUGGUCUUUCAUGCAACCGACGCAUAUUAUUGUCAGGGACCCCGAUGCAGAAUGAUCUGGAAGAGUUCUUUGCGAUGGUUAAUUUUACCAAUCCAGGAAUCUUGGGGGAUGCUGCAUAUUUUCGACGAUACUAUGAGUCACCAAUCAUUUCUGGAAGAGAACCUACAACAACAGAAGAAGAGAGAAAUCUUAGCGUUGAGCGGUCUGCUGAAUUAAGCACAAAAGUAAAUCAGUUUAUUUUGAGGAGGACCAAUGCUUUGCUAUCAAAUUAUCUACCACCAAAGAUAGUUGAAGUUGUCUGUUGCAAGUUGAGUCCUCUUCAGUUAGAGUUAUAUAACCAUUUUAUACAUUCCAAAAAUGUAGGUCUUUUUUCUUUUCAUUUGUCCAUUUUAGAAAAACAUUUUUCCGAAACUCCAUUGGCAGAAGUAUCCAUAUUUGUUAAAGACAUACUUGAAGAAUCCUCAUUAGCUGAUUUUGGUACAGAUGAGAGGAUUUGAAGGGAAUGUGGUCAAUGUGUGUAAACAUGGAAACAUGCCAGUAAUAAGGGAUUCCUUUGCAAAGGGUAAUUCCCAAGAAUAUUAGGAAAAGAAUACUUUUUGACUAAUUACAAUUAGUCGAAAGCAGCGGCAAGAAAAUUACUAUUAAUUGGAAAAUAUGAAAACUCCUAUGCAGAGGGUAAUUCCCAAGAAUAGGAAAAGAAGACUUUUUGACUAAUUACAAUUAGUCAAAAGCAGGAAAAUGAAUUCUUUUUUGUUUUCGGUUAAACAUGAGAUGAGAGGUGAACA